AUGAACGUCGUUAAGCUGAAUGGUGUGAAAGUCUAUAACUUAACGACUGAUAGAUCCUUACCGGAAUGGGCUUCAAGGGCCGAAAAACGGAAACUUUGGGCGAAGGAUCCAGGAGCUGAAAGUCACAUCGAGUUGAUUCAUGAACUAGAGAUGCCGGACGCGUCAACGUUCAUAACCUGUACACCGGACCAGAAAUACCUUUUCCUUCUUGGUCGUUAUAAGCCUCGAGUUCGCUGCUAUGAGCUUGGAAAUCUCUCUAUGAAAUUUGAUCGAUGUGUCGAUUAUCUCCCUUCACGAAUGACAUGCUUGAGCGAUGACUACUCAAAGUUUGCGCUACUAGAAGAGGAUCGUUGGAUUGAUGUGCAUGCAGCUGGUGGUCAUUACUUCCGCUUUAGAGUUCCACGACCUGGUGUCGAUAUACAUUACACUUCUUCCAAAUGUCACCUCCUUAUUCCGUCCACAGGCAACUCUGUUUACCGAAUGGAUUUAUGCGAAGGCAGGUUUGUCGCCCCCUUGAUAUCAUCCUCCUCCAACCUAUCCGACAGCUAUAGUUCAAGCUGUUACAUGUCAGAACUUGAUGUUCUUCUUUCUGGUACAACUAGAGGCACCGUGCAGGGCUGGGAUCUGCGAAGUGGGGAAUGGGUCUUCAACCUGGAUGUAUGCUCUUCAGCUCCAAGACCACCAGAAUUGAGCGCCUUUGUCCGUUUUCCCUGCUCAAACCUUACUCACAAAGAUCCGCUCAAUUUUGCUGUUGGCACAGCCGAGGGUCUUCUACACGUUUAUGACAUCCGUCAAACGGCAAGUCCUUGGCACACUAGGGACUCGGAAUAUAGGUGGCCAAUUAAGACGAUCAGUUUUCAUGAUGACAAAGUGCUAGCAGUGGUCGCUCGUUGCCUAAAAAUAUGGAACAUUGAUACCGGCAAGGCCUUUGUGGGAUUCGAGACCGGGCCCUUCGAUAUAAACUGGAUGUAUCACUUCCCUAAUAGUGGGCUUAUUAUGCUUGCAAACGAAUCACCGAAAGUUUCGCGCUACUUCAUACCCCUCCUUGGAGAAGCACCAUAUUGGUGCAGUUAUCUCGACCAGCUAAUAACUGAAGUUGAACCUGAUGUAAUGACCAUGUAUGACGGGUACAAAUUUCUAACGAGACAGCAGCUACUUGAGUGCGGUAUGAUGGAUCUUAUCGGAACUCGUUUCUUACGCGCAUACAUGCACGGAUACUUCGUUUCAAGCAAGCUGUUUGCGAAAAUUCAAGAGAAGAUUAAUACAAAUACCCCACACUCGAGAUUUGUCUCUCUACCUAGCACACAAGCCGCUGUCAAGACAGAAGAGAAGCAGGCAAUAAUCAUCCGAGAGAUGGAGGAAGCAGCUGAAGACAAGCGGUUUUCCAAGCUGAAGCUUCCCAAAAUGACUUGUGAUACUGCUAACUCGGAAUCUGAUCUUAUCCGCAUCCAUCAGGCACGCCUGGAGAAAAAACGGCAAAGAAAGGAGCUCCGCAAGGCGAGAGCAGCACGUGCCAACACCCUCAUUCGAAGAGACGAUUAG